AGACACUUGGAGAAGGGGGGUGGGAGGGAUUACCCUCCCUGUGCACCCUUGACUAGGCUACACUGGCAUGCUCCGGUCUGUUCUAGGCCAUAGGUGUCGAGCCUUUGCCCUGCAAGGAGCGUGUGGUGUAGGUGCUCCUUAGGCUUCCUCCAGGCCCAGAAGGUCCAGCAUGACUCGGGAGGGGAGAGGCAGAAGGGAGACUCUGGAAUUGGGCUGCCCGAAGUUAUUAGCCCAGUGACCUUGAAUUGAUUAACGCCCUCUAGCCUCAGUUCCCCAGUAAAAUAAAAUGACGAUAAUGUUCUUGUUUACUUUUGGGUCGAUCGUGAUGGUUCAAUGAAAUAACAGGUAAAAAGCCUUUUAAGUGCUAGCUGUCACCAAUACUGCAGCUAAAUAUUAUUACCCGUGUUGCUUUAGCCCUGUUGGAUCUGGCAGUCGAAGGCAGCUGCUGACAUCUUUGCUUAGUUAAGGAUAUUUCAAGUACUUUGCCUAGUCAGGUGUCCACUCCCAGAGGACAAGUGGGCACAGAGCUGAUCUUGGCCCCAGCCUCUUAGCAGGCAUCAGCAUGGUUCAGCACAGGAGACUUGUCCUAGAGUCAGCCCUGGGGCUUGGAGCACCUUCCUGAGAGUUUAGUUAGCAGAAGCAGCAGCCUGCUACUGCAAGGGUUCCCCUGGAACUAAGAGAAGGGCCCAGGAUUUUGUCCUGGCUUCAGUGUGGUACAAAAAUAAUAUCACUAUCUGUUUAGAACAUGGAAAACUGGGGUGUCUUCCACGAUCUGCGAAGAUGGAGGGUGGAGACAAAGGCAGUGUUGAAGUGGGUCGCCAGCAUCGACGUGGUGGAGAAUGAAGAGGCCAGUGCCAGUGUCAUUGUUAAAAUGACAGACUCAUUUACGGAGCAGGCUGACCAGGUCACUGCUGAGGUUGGAAAGCUCCUGGGUGACCAGAAAGUAGACGCGAUUCUCUGUGUGGCUGGAGGAUGGGCCGGGGGCAAUGCCAAAUCCAAGUCACUCUUUAAAAACUGUGACCUGAUGUGGAAGCAGAGUAUGUGGACAUCCACUAUCUCCAGCCACUUGGCCACAAAGCACCUGAAGGAAGGAGGCCUCUUGACCCUGGCUGGGGCCAAAGCUGCCUUGGAUGGGACUCCUGGGAUGAUCGGCUACGGCAUGGCCAAGGGCGCCGUCCAUCAGCUCUGCCAGAGCCUUGCAGGGAAGAACAGUGGCAUGCCCCCCGGGGCUGCUGCCAUUGCUGUGCUCCCGGUUACCCUGGAUACGCCAAUGAACAGGAAAUCAAUGCCCGAGGCAGACUUCAGCUCCUGGACACCCUUAGAGUUCCUGGUUGAAACCUUCCAUGACUGGAUCACUGGGAAUAAACGGCCGAACUCAGGAAGCCUAAUCCAGGUGGUAACCACAGAAGGGAAGACAGAGCUUACUCCAGCGUAUUUUUAAGCCUUAUCUCAGUGCCUGGGAGAGCCCUCCCGAAACAUCACUAACCUGUGUGUGGCUGCAUCUGGCCCCAUGUUUUCUGUAUUCCUGUUUGCGGUACGAGAUAACCAGUCCUGUUUGUCUCUUCCAUAGUGUUCCUUUGCUGUCCUGGGACUGUGUGGUGUUCAUGGGAAAUGGGCAGAGAGGCCUGUAGGUGGCACUAUCAGUGCCGAGGGCCCAGGGAGGUAUGUGGGCAGCCUGCGUCACGGCAUCCUGGAUUGCUCUGGAGACCCUCAAUAGCCCUCUCAUUUGUUGGCAUUUGGGGUACUUUGAAGUCCAGCCUGUUUUUGAAUUCCAUGUUGGUGCCAUAGAGGUGAUUUUUGUGGCCUGGAAUUGAACUGUCUUGAAAAUUCUUUAGUGAUGUAAGCAAACCCAGCCGACUGUCAUAAUAUCUUUUUGUGUCCUAGCCUAAGCUAAGUGUGCAGGAGAACCACCUGUGAGUAUUUGGGGAGUUCUUCCUAAUAAACACACUUCAUGUCU